AUGCAACGUCAGCCCGGUAAAGUUGUAAUUGUGACAGGCGCAAGCUCGGGUAUUGGCGCCACCACAGCAGAAGCCUUCGCUAAGCAUGGCGCUAAGGUAGUGCUCGUCGGACGAAAUGAAGCCAAUUUGAAGGCAGCCGAAGCGGCUUGUAAAGCAGCCAACAACAAAGCUGAGUUAUUGCUUAUCAUCGCUGACGUGACGGUAGAUGCAGAGCGUAUUGUAAAAGAAACAGUUGCGAAAUUCGGAAAACUGGAUGUGCUGGUGAACAAUGCUGGCAUAGGUGCACGUGGCAGUAUUUUGGAAAUUGAUGUCGAUCAAUUCGACACGAUUUUAAAUACCAAUUUGCGUUCGGUUUUCCUUUUGACUAAAUUCGCCGCACCACAUCUGAUCAAAACGCAGGGCAACAUUGUGAAUGUCUCGAGUGUCGCCGGUCUGCGCGCAUUCGCCAACUUGUCCGUCUAUUGCACUGCAAAGGCGGCGCUGGAUCAGUUUACCAAAUGCAUUGCCCUCGACUUGGCGCCACAUAAUGUGCGCGUGAAUUCAGUCAACCCUGCGGUGAUAGUUACAGAUUUUGCCAUACGUAUGGGAAUUUCGAAGGAAGAUUAUGUCAAAUUUUUGGAGCACAAUAAAACGACGCACGCUCUGGGACGCGUGGGUACCACUCAAGAAGUGGCUGAUGCUAUCAUUUUCUUAGCUAAUGAUACUGCCAGCUUUAUAACGGGCUCAAAUUUGCCUGUCGACGGAGGCAGAACUGUAAUGUGUCCACGUUAAGUGUAGUUUGUAAUAAAUGAA